UUUCAGCGAAACUAUUUCUUAUCCAAGCACACAACAUGUGCUGGAAUUUAAUUAGUAAAUACAGUGAAGAAAUUUUGAGUUGUCAUUUCUACUUUUAACUAAAAGGAUUUCACAGACAUCCUGUCACAUCUCUAAAAGUAAUAAAAUGCAUGGUGAGCAACCCUCUGCCUAAACUGAGAUGAACCGUUUAAGCACUGCUCCAGAAGAUGAAUGCAGCACCUCCAACAGCAAUGAUGACCAGUCGAAAGAGACGCAACUGGACAACACUGAACAAGACUCAGAGAGCCAAACCUUCCUCCCUGAGCAUCACACAAGCAAGAAGAAGAAUGACCCUGACAAUCAUCAAGGCAAGACCUCCUUUGGCAUGUCCGUCUUCAACCUGGCUAACACCAUCAUGGGCAGUGGCAUCCUGGGUCUGUCCUUUGCCAUGGCCAACACUGGAAUUGCCCUAUUUGUGAUUCUCCUUGUGGCUGUCGCCUUGUUCUCCUUGUAUUCUGUCCACUUGCUGGUAAAGACGGCCAAUGAAGGAGGUACACUAGUCUAUGAACAACUGGGUUACAAAGCCUUCGGGUUACCGGGGAAACUUGCAGCCACCUGCUCCAUCACUAUGCACACCAUUGGAGCAAUGUCAAGCUACCUCUACAUAAUUAAAUAUGAGCUGCCCAUAGUGAUUCAGGCUUUUACAGGAAGCAACAAUGGAGAAUGGUACAUUAAUGGAGACUACCUGGUACUGAUUGUGACGUUUUCCUUUAUCCUGCCCCUCUCAUUGCUCAAAAACCUGGGUUACCUAGGUUACACCAGUGGUCUGUCCCUCCUCUGCAUGGUGUUUUUUCUGAUUGUGAUGAUCAUUAAGAAGUUCCAGAUCCCGUGCCCUCUGUAUAUUGAUGAUGACACUCUGAACGAAACCAUGACUAAGAUCAAUUUAACCUGGUCCCACAGUAACUCCACUACUGCCAACUCCACUGCUGUAGACUACAGCGACACUUGCAAGCCAAAAUACUUUGUCUUGAACUCACAGACUGUCUACGCUGUUCCCAUUUUGACCUUUGCCUUCGUCUGCCACCCCACCAUCCUGCCAAUGUACAAGGAGCUCAAAGACCGUUCUCGUAAAAAGAUGCAGAGCGUUGCCAAAGUGUCCUUCCUGGCCAUAUUUAUCAUGUACUUGCUGGCCGCCCUCUUCGGAUACCUGACUUUCAAUGAUCAAGUAGGACCUGAGCUGCUGCACACCUAUGCCAGGGUUUAUAAGUCUGAUGUUCUCCUGCUGAUCGUCCGUCUGGCUGUGCUGACCGCCGUGACCCUCACUGUCCCUGUGGUGCUCUUCCCUAUUCGUACUUCCUUUAACCACAUCCUGUGUGCAUCCAAGGAGUUCAGCUGGCUCCGCCACAUCAUCAUCACUGUGGUCCUGCUGGGUGGCACCAGCCUCCUGGUCAUCUUUGUACCCACCAUAAGAGACAUCUUUGGCUUCAUCGGUGCCACUGCUGCGUCCAUGCUCAUCUUCAUUCUGCCCUCAGCUUUCUACAUCAAACUGGUCAAGAAGGAAUCCAUGAAGUCUGUGCAAAAGAUUGGGGCCAUACUCUUCUUGAUAUGUGGAAUCGUGUUCAUGUGUGGCAGCAUGACGCUCAUCAUCCUGGACUGGAUCCACAAUGCUUCAAAGAGUCCUGAAGAACAGGCUACUAAAGUUCCAGCUCCAUGACACGAUCCAUGCUGCUGUUGCUAUGCAACUGACCAAACAACCUUGGGCACAGUUUUGCCGACUAUUUUUGUAUAUUUUUUCAUACCUCUAAUUCUGUAAAUUUUUUGAUUACACUUUUUAUUUUACUUUAAUCUAAUCUCAUUUUAUUUUAUCUUUUUCGUGUUUACUUUUAUAUGCAACUAAGCUACGUUGACAAAGUAAUUUCCCUCGUGGAUCAUUUAAGUCUGUCUAAGUCUAAGAUGCGACACAGAUCCUGCACGGGUAAAUUUUUUGUUUCUGAUUUGAAAUUAGCAGCUUUUUGGGCUUUUAUUUUUUUAUGUAAGCCAUGAUAGUUUGUGCACAAUUUGCAGCCGUUAAAGAAAACACAAGAACUCACUCGCUGCUCGGCAUUUUGAGUGUUUACAUAUGGUCGCACAGUCCUGUGCUUUCAAAGUGUUUCACACUAAAGAAUACCACAACCCCCUUGGACUUGGUUUCCUGCUGAGUCUAGAGCCUGUCAUUGGUGCUUCCAACACUAACACACCACCAAACUGUUAUUGUCCAUGUAUUUAUGGAAGACCGUGAAUCAGUGAAAUUUAAUCAAUUUUUCUAUAUUUAUAUAAUAUUGUAUACUCCGUUGAGUUCCACUGUAUAUAUGCUUUGUUUUGUUUUUGAGUUUUUUUUUCUUUUGUAUGUUUCCUUUUUGGCCUGUGAACUAAAACCCAGAGCAACAAAAUGUUCUUUCCACUCAUCUCAGUCGGAGAGUACUGUACAUCAACCAUCUCUUGACCUCAGGAGCAAAGAGGGCUUUGCCUGCCAGUGUUACAGUUUUGUUUCAAUGAAACACAAUGUACAUCCUGUGGUUUAAUGUUCAAUUAAAAUCAAUGAUAACCUGUAAUGUGGACAAUUUGGUUCCUUUAUCAGGCAGUUUGAUAGACUGGUGUAGACUGCUUAUUAUUGUAAAAAUACCUCUGCAAACUAUUUGAUAGUCCUACAACCCAUCAGACUUUUUAUUGUUAAUAAAUUCAACUCCACGGUGCCAAGAGCUAAUGACCAUGA